AUGAAGGCCUCUUUCAUUCUUGCCGUCGGGCUGACUUGGGUCGGCGCCGCCAAGGGCUCCAGAUGCAAGCCGUCUUGGGUCUCUUCGUCUGUGUCGUCGGUGUCGUCGGUGUCGUCGGUGUCGUCGGUGUCGUCGCCGCCAGUCUCGUCGACUGUCUCGUCAGUCUGGUCGAUUUCGUCCGUUUCGUCGUCUGCCAGCGCGAGCGCCACCUGCUCCGGCAACUUCAUCGUCGACGGCGAUUUCUCCAACAAAAGGCUUCCACCUGCCUGGACCGUCUCCGGCACGGGCAAUGCCGAGGUGAACCCCAACUGCUACGCCCACGGUGUCAGCUGUGCUCACCUUGAGUCCGGCCACAUCUGGGCAGCCAUCUCGCACGUCGUGACGACCGUUCCUGGUACCGUCUACGACAUCUCCUUCAGCUACUUCAUCCUGGCCGCCAGCAAGAACCCGACCCUCACCGUCCUCCAGAACGGUGUGGUCGUCGAGACGAUCCAGUUACACGUUGGGCGCACCCAUACGUGGAUCCAGGCGCCGGUGGUGCAGAUUACGGCAUCGGGCAGGCAUACGACGAUUUCGUUUUCCGUCAACGCGGUUCCGGGUGGCGAAGGCAACAUUCGGCUCGCCAACAUUGGCAUGUGUGCUUACUCGUAG